AUGUCGCGGCCCCGGGACCUCCCCUCCCCGGGCCCCGCCCCUCCCGGGACCUCCCCUCCCCGGGCCCCGCCCCUCCCGGGACCUCCCCUCCCCGGGCCCCGUCCCUCCCGGGACCUCCCCUCCCCGGGGCCCCGCCCCUCCCGGGACCACCCUUCCACAAGCCCCGCGCUGGGACACCCCCUCCCCAGGCCACACCCUCUCCACAGGCUCCGCCCCUGGACACGCCCCACAUCCGUGGGCUCCAUCCAUUCCCAGACCCCGCCCCUCUCUGACCACGCCCCCAGAGUCCACGCACAGCAGGAUCCCAUCACUGAGGGAGGAGCGGCGGAAUCAAUGGGUCAGUGGCCACCGGUCCUGGGAACCCUUCCUGUCCUCGACCCGGAGAGCCCAGCAUCACCUCCCACCGACAGCAGGGGCCGUGGGACGGGGAGCGCGGUACCUGUGACCGGGCUGCAGUCCCUCACUCUUCCCCUGAGCAGUGGUACCGGGACCGUGUGCUCACCGACACCUCCGCUCCUCCAGAACGGACACCCCACGCCCGUCACUGUAAUUCCCCAUCCCACUCCCUCCCUGACCGCUGUCUGUGGCCCCCUGAACUGUUCCAACAGUUCCCAACGCCAGCUCCAGGCCCUGCACCCUCAGUCUGACCUGCUGCACCUUGGGUCCCGAUAUCGGGUUCAACAACGGAGGUCCCAGCUCUCGGUGAUUCACUACUCUCCUACCACAGCAAGGAAACUGAAAGAGAAGUGGCUGGGCUCACUCGGCAGGGUUUCCUCAGACACCGGGAGGAAGCUGGGUCAGUGCGUCAGUGAGGACCAGGGCAGAGACCGCACCCUGCGGUUGGUUCUGUACAAUACCAUCAUUAACACACAGUUCAGGGUGAAGGUGACAGAGAGAGGAGACGCCCAAAUAAAUCGUACACACCGGCAGAAAGAUACAGUGACAGGAAAUGGGAACCUGAGAGAGAAACAUACACAGCACCAGAGAGAGAGCGACAGUCAUACAGAAAGGGUGGAGGAGACAGAUGGAAACUGUGAAAGGGUGAGUCAGUGA